UUGAUAGUCAGCAACGUCGUGCCCAACUCGAAGAAAAGACACGGAAGGCAUCAAAUUACUCAGAUCAUGUUUGGGGCUUUGAACAGGUUCAUCGGGAGGUUGGACUCGGAGCCUGUCCAACAACCACGGAAUUCCAUCGAUAAUGCCUUUGGCUUCCAGGUGCUCCGCAACAAGGACGCCGACUUGCCUCUGGAGCCGUGGUUUGAUUUCAUCGUUGGAAUUAAUGGACAUUUGAUUGAGGACCCAGACCCGAAUCUCUUUGCUACCGAAGUCCGCAAUUGCGCCGGCUCAAGCGUCACUCUCGAUAUCUGGAGUGCAAAGGGCCAACGAACACACACAGUCUCGAUACCAGUCUCCCCCACGAACCCCACCUUCGGCCUUGCGCUGCAGCUAGCUCCCCUCUCCUCAACCCAGAACAUCUGGCAUGUCCUCUCUAUCCCGUCUCCGCUUAGCCCAGCAUACCAAGCAGGGCUGCUCCCACACUCCGACUAUAUCAUCGGGACGCCCAGCGGAACGCUUCGGGGCGAAUCCGCACUUGGCGAGCUGGUGGAGGACCAUCUAGACCGGACACUUGUUCUGUGGGUAUACAACAGUGAAUUUGACGUGGUUCGUGAGGUCGAACUGGUGCCAACCCGAGGCUGGGGUGGCGAAGGCGCUUUGGGUGCUGAACUGGGAUUUGGUGCACUACACAGAUUACCCGUCGGGUUGGGAGAGGAAGUGGAAGGGCCUGGUGAGGUCGUCUUUGAGACCAGACAAGACGGCACCUCCACACCAGUUGCGAAUUCCUUCAAUAUGCAACAGGGAGGUGCUCCCGCUGGACAUUUCCUGGUGCCGGCUAAUAUGGCUUCGCCCCCGCCGUUUUCCUCCCCAGCAGGGAACCUGGCCGUACCACCACCGGAGGCGAGGGCAUCGCCCGCAGGACGUCGAGCAGGAAGAGGACGCCAUGCGGGCGUUUCGUCCAAUAGAGCUUUUGAUGAGUUCUUUGCAGAAGGAGAGCAGAAGAGUAAGGAGCAGGAUUAUGCGCCAUCGAGAAAGGGGACACCUCUACCUCCUCCGCCUAAAUCGGGAAUGAUGUCGCCUCCCACUUCGGGCAGUCCUGCUCCUGCAUCUGGUAGCGAGUAAAGCAAGAGAGAUAGAGGGGUUAUUACGGACAGGAUUGGUUUGAAAUGUAUAUUUAUCACGAGUUUCUGGAGUUACGAUGGUCAUCGAUGGGCUAUAUCAAUGAUUGCAGGAUAUCAAAUUCAAGUAUUCAAAAGCAUCCACCUUGAUAAUGAUUGUAGUGGUUGUUGAGCCGCAUAGAGAACAAAGAAAAGAAAAGAUCGAUUGCUGCGAAUCUAGAGUUCUAAGAGUACAUAUGCAAAGGGAAAAGCUGUGGCCUCCCCAGCCCAUGUUUGCCCAACGCAACGCUAUAAAACUGCGUUCCAAUUUAAAAAAACUGAACAACGUACAAAUUUAGUGACCCUUGCUGACCAGCUCCUCCAACUUCUGGCGGGCCUCGCCGAUCUUGUCCUCCAUCUUCAUCCUGGCCAUUCCGCUGUGUGCAAUACCAGUGUGCCAGAUGUACUCGGCCUUCUCGCGGGCCAGAAGGU